AUGACUUUGAUAGAAAAUGGUAAUAAUUUUGGUAAGGACAAGUGUGGUAAUGACUUUGAUAAGGACAAGUGUGGUUAUGACUUUGGUAAGGACAAGUGUGGUAAUGACUUUGGUAAAGACAAAGAAGAGAGAAGAGAAGAGAAUAAAAGAAGAGAGAAUAAAAGAAGAGAAGAGAAGAAGAGAAGAGGAGAAGAAGAGAAGAGAAGAAGAGAAGAGACAAGGAGGAGAAGAGAAGAGGAGAAGAAGAGAAGAGGAGAGGAAGAGGAGAGAAGAAAAGAGGAGGAGAAGAGAUGA